CCGACCGACCUCCCCUCGGCAUUUGGUAGAUUAUAAAUUAAACCCAAUGUGCCCGCAUUUGGUACAUAGCUAAAAAGCAGAAGCACCGAUCCAUGAGCAUGAGCAUUGGCAGUCCGGAGCUCCAAAGCUUCCCGACAUUUGUUAAGCAUUGGCUUGUCCAGCAAAACAAAUAUCUGGAGAAGCUUAUUUCCGUCUCCAAACACCACACGUCCACAGAAAUUGACAAACGGUCCCUCAUAAACGGAGUGAUUGAGCACUACGAGCAAUACUACGAGACCAAGUCGAGUUGCGUUACGCAAGAUGUACUGGGGAUGCUUACACCCUCAUGGACCAGCACGCUUGAGGACGCCUUUAUGUGGAUUGGCGGCUGGCGCCCCACCAUGGCUUUCCAUCUCUUUUACUCCAAGUCCGGCUUGCAACUCGACGGCCAACUCGCCAAUCAGAUUCGAGGGUUGGGUACUUGUGAUUUGGGUGAUCUCGCGCCGACUCAACUCACCCGGGUCGACGAGUUGCAGAGGAUAACCAUUAGGGAGGAGAGGGAUAUGACAGAGAAGAUGGCCAAGAUUCAGGAGACGGUGGCGGACGAGUCAAUGGUUGAGUUGUCCCACACGGUGACCGAGCUGAUCAUCAGUGGUGGACCUGGUGGUGAUGGUGAUGGUGAUGGGGUGGAGGAGCGAGUUGAGUUGGCUCUGGCGUUGAAGGAGGAGGUAUUGGAGGAGAUCUUGCUCAAGGCUGAUAAUCUGCGGCUGAGAACGCUCAAAGCUAUUCUUGAUGUCUUUACUCCAAUCCAGGCCGUCCAUUUCUUGAUUGCUGCUGCAGAGUUGCACCUCAGGGUUCAUGACUGGGGAAUGGAGAAGGACGCGAGUCAAGUUCAUGGUAUUUGUCGGGCCUGAUCAAUUUCGAAAUUAGCUAGCGUGGAAGCUGUAAUUAAGGUGCUGGCUUAGCAUCUAGCGUUAAUUUGCCUUCUUAAUUAUUUUUCUUUUUUUUUUUCUUUUUUUUCUUUUUAAUAUAAUUUGGGUUAUAAUCUAAUUUUAAAGUUAAAAGAAGAAUGAUGCUGGUGUAUCAGAGUAGUCGGAG